CCCUGCGGGGUGCCACUCACAAAGCAUCAUCCAGAUCUGGUGUGGAGUUUCAAAAUAAGAGUCCUCUGAAACCGCAGAUGGCCUUUGUCCCGUGGCAGACUGGACUGAGACAGACUGGACUGAGACAGACUGCUGAGGAGAUCCGUCCCACGGGGUGUUGAUCAGUUCCGGUUCUUCUGAUUGGUCGUCGGGAGGAACGUUAGCGCUGGCGGGUGUUCCCGGUCGGAGCAGUCAGGAUGGGGCACCGCGGAGUCCGCUUCACGCUUUCAGAGUGAAGCUCCUCGAAGACGAUGAGCACCAAACACGUGACGUGCAGGUACUUCCUUCACGGAGUGUGCCGGGAAGGCGGCCGCUGCCUGUUCUCUCACGACCCCAGCAGCAGCCGACCCUCCACCAUCUGCAAGUUCUACCAGCGAGGAGCCUGCGCCUACGGAGAGCGCUGCAGGUAUGACCACAUCAAGCCAUCAGUCCGAGGAGGAGGAGGAGGAGGAGGAGGAGCUGUAGAGGACCCACCAGAAGUGGGCGGAGCUGGAGGCCGUGGAAGGGGCGGGUCCAAGAAGACACUGGUUCUGAGAGACAGAGCUGUGGGGGCAGACGGAGUGUGUGGGGGCGGAGCAGACAGGUGGAGGUUGGAGGCGGCGGCGGCUCCCGGAGCGGCUCCUCAGUCGUAUGUCGACGCCAUCAGGGCGGGGCUGGAGGCGGAGCUCCCAGAAGGAGGCGGAGCUUCCCAGCGCGGCCCCGCCCUCUGCCCGUACGCCGCCGCCGGACGCUGCUACUUCGACGACAGCUGCCCGUAUCUCCAUGGCGACCUGUGUGAGGUGUGCUGCCUCCAGGUGCUGCACCCCCACGACCCCGAGCAGAGGAGGGCGCACGAGAAGGUGUGUCUCCUGGCCUUCGAAGCGGACAUGGAGAAGGCGUUUGCAGCUCAGCUCAGUCAAGAUAAGGUGUGCUCCAUCUGCAUGGAGGUGGUGGUGCAGAAAGCCAGCCAAUCAGAGCGCCGCUUCGGCAUCCUGUCCUCCUGCUGCCACACCUUCUGUCUGUCCUGCAUCAAGCAGUGGCGUUGCACCCGCAACUUCUGCAACAAGAUCAUCAAGUCCUGUCCAGAGUGUCGGGUCGUCUCGGAGUUCGUCAUUCCGUCAGUGCACUGGGUGGAGGACCAGGACGAGAAGGACCACCUCAUAGAGCUCUUCAAGUCCGGGGUCAGUAAGAAGGCCUGUAAGUACUUCCUCCAGGGCCGCGGCUCGUGUCCGUUUGGAGGAAACUGUUUGUAUCUUCACGCUUUUCCCGACGGCAGCCGAGCCGAAGCAGAGCGGCCGCGCAAACAGCUGAGCUCCGCAGGAAGUGUCCGGUUCAUGAACAGCGUCCGUCUCUGGGACUUCAUCGAGGAGCGCGAGCAGCGCUCGGCCCCGCCCCUCCAUGAUGACAUCACCGAGCUGAGGGAGGUGUUUAUGCAGAUGUCGGGACCGAGUCGGGACGAGUCUCCGCCCCCUGAAGACCAGUAGUCACCAUGGCGACCGGCCGACAGUCACGACCAAAUGUCACGGAAGGACUUUUUAUUUAUGAAUCUAAAGCGGCGUCCGCCUGUGAGCGUCCGCCUGUCCCACUCCGCCUGUUCAAUAAAGGAUCUGAGGACAUC